AAAGGAGGGUAAAUUUCACCUUGCCUAUACAGGAAAGGAGGGAAUGGGCCGUUCACUCGAUUGAAUCGUAAUUUGUGUGGAGAAGGAAAGGAGGGGAGGGGCGAAAUCUUCGUCGCGUUUGCCCCCACCGUACCGCUACCCAUCGUCGGAGACGCGAACUGCGAUCCCCGGGUUCUAGCCUUCACCGUCGGUCCCUGUGCUCGGCCUCGCUGUCGCGUGCUCGGUGCUGGCACCUUCACCUUCUUGCGGAGGCUGAUCUUUUCGCUUCCUUCCGUGAGCUCGCCUGUAUCCUGUAUGACACUAAGCUUCCUUCACCCCCUUUAUUGUGCUCGCCUGCCGUCGCGGAGAGAACAAGGAUAGCCGUUAGGAUUCAGUGCCGUCGUCGCGCUAUGUUCCCUCGGAGCAGAAAUUGGUGAAGCAAACAGCGCCUAAGUCGUCGUUUCUUUUCUUUCGCAUACUACCCAUCCGCCAGCCCAUCCGGCGCCGAUGGCUGCUCCUUCGGAAACUACUCUUUUCACCAUUCGCAUUGUCUCUCUUGACUACUACAUGGCGGCUCCGAUCCCUGGCUUCGACAUCUGCUACAGUUCCCUUGAUGACUGAUAUGUUAGGGCGGAGUGUGAAGGAAGUUCCUGUCAUUCGGAUUUUCGGACCUACGCCGGCUGGACAGAAAGCUUGUCUCCACAUUCAUGGGGUUUUGCCAUUUUUUUAUAUACCUUUUCCUGAUGAGCUUCUUCAAAGUUCUAAAGAAGGUGACCAGUAUAUGAAGGCUUUAAUGACUGCUUUGGAGAAGGCUCUGAAUCAAAAUGUUUCUACAACCAAAAGAAGUGUUCAUGGAUAUAGCCUUGUUCGGGCAAAGAAGAUUUAUGGAUUUCAUCCAUUGGAGGAUCUUUUUAUAAAGAUAUACUUAUAUCAUCCACAUGAUGUUGUUCGUGCUGCCAAUAUACUUUUGGAUGGUGCUGUUCUUGGUAGGAACUUUCAACCUUAUGAAUCUCAUAUUCCGUAUCUUUUACAUUUUUUGGUUGACUAUAACUUGUAUGGAAUGAGCCAUGUACACAGUUCGAAGAUAAAGUUCCGCCCUCCACUACCAGAUAGCUUUGUAGGGAAGAUGGCUAAUUGGAAAAAGAAUGACCUUGAAGUAAUCACAGACAAAAUUGGUGUAGGUAAGGACGCAGUUAGGGAGUCAGCAAUAUGGGUUUCUUCUAUGGUUUCAAGUUCUUUGCUGUGGCCGGAUUCAGUUGCAUUUCAAUGUUCCAUCGAGAAGCUGUCUACUAUGCCUAGACGUCAGAGCAUAUGUGAGCUUGAGGGAGACUCAGUUGUAGACGAUAUUUUAAAUGAGAAAAAUAAGAUAUUUACAUCUUUCUCCCAGUCCAAGUGUGAGGUUAAAAUGGUGCAAUCACUCGUAUCAAUCUGGGAGGAGUUUGAAAGGUAUGGAGUUCAGGAAAUGACAAAGCCACUAGAACUAACUCAACCUCAUCCUGAAUAUGUACUUGAAAAGUUUGUACAAGGGCUGCAGUAUGAUAAUCUGCUCUCUAGCUCCCUUGCAGCAAUGUAUCAAUCGUUUCCAGAAAAUGCUCCAUCUGAAGAUGGUAAAAAAUUAAAGAUGCACAUUGAAUCACAAACUAGAACUGAUGUCUCUUGUAGAUUUAAGCAAUGUCAAAUGAGAAGCACUAUUUUGGGGGAGUCUAUGGAUAAUCAUGAAGGUAAUAACACUUCUAAUAUGCCUCAUUGUCUUCCCUCCGAUGACAAAGAAGAUACGCUGCUACGAGUGAAAGUAUCUGAUGCUCAUGAACUAAGAACUAGCAAAAAGAUCUCAUCAAACUCAUCUAGCUCUGAAGAAGAGAGCUUAAGUACUGAAGCUAUUAGGCUUUUAAGCUGGCUAGCAUCAUCACAAUUGGAAGAAGACUUGGAUAUUGAUGACGAAUUAGUUCAGGAUUCUGUCCUCAGUCUUUUGUUUUCUGUAAAAUCCUUCAAAAGGGCUUUAGAGAUUGCCAAUUUGGACUAUGAGCAUGCUUCUCAGCAGGAGUGCCAGGACAUUCUUGAUUCUGUUGAACAAAAAUUGCUGCCUGAUGUGGAUAAGGAACAUGUCUCACAUACAGCAUAUCAUGAGCAAAUGAUCACUACUUCCUCAGGUAAUCCCAUUGUCCAAGCUGAUGGAUCAUGGGAUGAUAGCUUUAGUGUCUCUAGACACAAUAAUGAGAUGAGUUCCAGUACUAGUAAAUUGAGAUCAUCUGCAGAUGCUGGUGUUUCUUUUAUGCAGACGAACAUCAGUUUGAGCAAGAACACUAAUAUGCAGGGUCAAUUACCUUUUUUAUCUAGUCAAAAGGAGCAUGAAUUUGAUGAGCUAUAUUCUUUUCCUGAUGACUCAAUUAAAAGUGAUGAAUCUAGCAUCUUAUAUAGAAGUAAAGGGGAUAAUAAAAUUGAUCAUUCAAGCACAGACUCAGAUACUUCUAGUAAGAAGCUGCAAAAGAAACUGGGCUCUUGUUCUGUUAGGGACUUAAUGAGGUGGAAACGUAGCUCCAGGGCAGAGUUUACGGAACCUGAAAGGAGUUCAAUAGAGUGUUCUUUUGAGGCUAACAAUGAUAAAAGCAAAAGAUUCUGUUUGGAAGGUUCACCUUGUGUAGAACCUAUCAUGUCAAAUGUUAAAUCAUCUUGUGUUGGUCAAGAGAAUUCCAAAAACUCUGCAAAUUGCAUGCUGAGGCACUCGACAUCACACAUUGAUGAUCAUGUAGUUUUCGAUGAUGACAUCCAGGACAUGAGUAAAUAUGAUGUUCGGAAUGUUAGGGACAUUUUUCACGAUGCACAUGCUAGUAGUGACAUGAUGCAAAGAAAAAAAUAUAACGGUACUGGAAGUAGCACAUGGAUCCCUAAAAAAAGAAUGCUUACAACUUCUGAGUUGGAGAAAAAUGAUAAUGACUUCAUUGAGAUGAGGUAUAACCAGAAUCCACCUUCUAAAGAUCAACUAAUGGAUUCUUUGGUGGUAUCUACAAAUGCUACCAGGCUUGAGGAUCAAGCAGAUGCUCAUAAAGAGUUACUUGCCAUAGAUUCUUGUUCCAUGAUUGCUGAUUUGCAAGGAACAGAAAAAUUACUCCCUUUUUUUAGAAGGGAUUUUGAGCAUAGGAAAUCAUAUCAGUCUCCAUCUGGUGUGGAAGGCAGUGAGUUUCAUGAAGAAUUUGCAUUUGGUGUUCCCACCCACUUCAAGAAUGAUGGUUCUCUUCUCUACUUGCUUAGUCAUGCAAUUUCACCUCCAUCUGUUGAGUCUGUUUGCCAAUGGCUUUUGGAAUUGGAGAAAAGAAGAUAUUCAAACAAUACCUAUGGUAGUUCUAUGGCAUUCCUCCCACAAACAUUGCGAGAUCAUUCUUUGAAGUUGCAGAGUAGUUCUAAGGAUGCUAGCAAAGAGAUAGGUCGCCUUCAUGGAAUAAGCAAGGAUCAACCAUGUAAUAUAUCUGGAAGUGAUUCUUCUGGUACUACACCAGAAAAGCAUCUUUCUUUAUUGGUGCAACAAGAUAAGUGUCAUUCAAGUCAUGAGAAAAUAAAAAAUCAAUUGGUUGCUGAUCGUGCUCAUACUGUUACUUCUGGAAAACAUGAAUUUUCUAGUUCUUUUGUGAUAGAAAACAUUUCAUGUAGCAGUUCCCAAGAUGUCUCUCAGUCUCAGAUAUCAGGCCCAGAUAACAAAUUGACUCUUACUCCUCUUAGUCAAAUUGGUUUUUGUGAUCCUGCAAGUAUUGGUUGUGGUCAACAACUAACUAUAAUGAGUGUUGAGGUUCAGGCAGCAUCUAGAGGUGAUCUCCGACCUGAUCCACAAUUUGAUGAAAUUAAUAUGAUAGCUCUUGUAGUUCAAGAGGAUUCAUGUCAGUCUUUAGCAGUUAGUGUUUUAAUACAUAGCGACAAUGAUGAACCACGAAGAAAUAAAUACAGAAGAGCUGAUUGGGAGAUCUGUAAUUUUAUUGAGGAAAAGCAACUCCUCCUCCAUUUUGCGAAGAUUAUUUCUUCUGUUGAUCCAGAUAUUCUAAUGGGAUGGGAGAUUCAAGGUGGAUCUCUUGGGUUUGUUGUUGAAAGAGGUGGAUACUUGGGUAUAAAUUUAAUCAACAUCAUUUCUAGGACACCUGAUUAUGAGUUCAGCCAUAGAAUUGGAGAUUCAGCUAAUCCUGAAUCAUUUAAUGAAUUUUCUGAAGCUUCAAUCACUAAUGGCCUUCAGAAUGGACGGGUUCAUUCUCUUGCCAAUGAGUUACAUGUUGUUGGGAGAAUUGUGCUUAAUUUAUGGAGGUUUAUGCGUUCUGAAGUUAAGCUAAACAUGUACUCUAUCGAAGCUGUCGCUGAAGAAGUUUUAAGAAGAAAGAUCCCGUCAAUUCCUUGCAAAGUACUGAAUCACUGGUUUUCAAGGGGUCCAGGAUGGUUAAGAUAUCAGUGUAUUGAGCAUAUCAUAAAGAUGACUAAGCUAAAUCUUGAGAUAAUAAAUCAACUAGACAUGAUAAACAGGACGUCUGAGCUUGCCCGUGUGUUUGGCAUCGACUUUUUCUCUGUCCUUUCUCGAGGUUCACAAUUUCGAGUUGAGUCUCUGCUUUUGAGGUUGGCUCAUACACAGAAUUAUCUUGCUAUUUCUCCUGGAAGCCAACAGGUGGCCUUGCAACCUGCAAUGGAAUGUUUACCCCUUGUAAUGGAGCCAGAAUCUAAUUUUUAUCAAGAUCCAGUUGUUAUUUUGGAUUUUCAGUCUCUUUAUCCUUCGAUGAUAAUUGCUUAUAACCUCUGCUAUUCUACCUGCUUGGGUAAAGUUCUUCCUUCAAAAACGAAUGUACUUGGUGUCAGCUCUUACUCAGCAGAUGCACUUUUCAAGAAUCUAAACGAACAACUCCUAGCUCCAAAUGGAGUCAUGUAUGUUCCAUCAAAGGUUCGUAAAGGUGUGCUUCCCCAACUCCUGGAAGAAAUAUUAUCAACUAGAAUAAUGGUAAAGCAGGCAAUAAAGAAAUUAAAGCCUUCUCAACGAGUUCUGGAAAGGAUAUUUAAUGCAAGGCAACUUGCUCUGAAGCUCAUAGCCAAUGUCACUUAUGGUUACACUGCAGCUGGAUAUAGUGGUCGCAUGCCUUGUGCAGAACUAGCUGACAGCAUUGUACAGUGUGGUCGCAGGACACUUGAGGAAGCAAUUUCAUUCGUAAAUGACCACUCUAAGUGGAAAGCCAGGGUCAUAUAUGGUGAUACAGAUAGCAUGUUUGUUCUAUUAAAGGGCCGUGAUUUGGAAGAAGCAUUUAGAAUAGGAAAUGAGAUAGCAUCUGCAGUAACUUCCAUGAACCCAUAUCCAGUGACUUUGAAAUUAGAAAAGGUUUAUCAACCGUGCUUUCUCCUGACAAAGAAGAGAUAUGUUGGUUAUAGUUAUGAGAGUCCUGAUCAGCAAAGUCCAAAGUUUGAUGCAAAGGGUAUAGAAACUGUACGUAGAGACACAUGCCAAGCUGUUGCAAAAACAUUGGAGAAGUCCAUAAGAUUGAUUUUUGAGCAACGAGAUAUGUUAAUAGUAAAGUCCUAUCUACAACGCCAAUGGACACGUAUCUUAUCUGGAAGGCUGUCUCUUCAGGACUUUAUUUUUGCAAAAGAGGUACACCUAGGAACUUAUAGUACCCAAAGAUCCUCCCUUCCACCAGCAGCAAUUGUUGCUCUAAAGGCAAUGGGCACAGACCCCCAAUCAGAACCACGCUACGGGGAGCGUGUACCAUAUGUUGUAGUUCAUGGAGAACCUGGAGCUCGUCUAAUUGACAUGGUUGUUGAUCCACAUCAACUUCUUGACCUCAAUUCUCCAUUCAAGCUGAAUGAACUGUAUUAUAUCAAGAAACAGAUCAUUCCUGCACUGCAAAGAGUGUUUGGGCUUCUUGGUGCUGAUUUGAACAAGUGGUUUCUUGAAAUGCCACGGCCCAUCACACCGUUAUCAGUUGUAUCCCAUCUUGGGUUCUCACAAGAUUCUGAUUAUAAUGUGCUAGGAAAUACUAGUAAAGGACAGGCGAAAGGUAGGAUAGACACCUAUUACUCCUCCAAACAUUGUAGUCUUUGUGGCAACUUGGUUCAGAGUUCCAGAUACCUGUGCGAGAAAUGCUUUGGGAAAAAGUCAUUUGUUGCAACAGCUGUAGUCCUUAAAACUUCAAAGUUGGAGAGAGAAAUUCAACAUUUAACUGCUAUAUGUAGGCAUUGCGGCGGUGGUGGUUGUAUGCCAGAGAGCACUGUGCAGUGCAAUUCGCUUGCUUGUUCUGUCUUCUAUGAGAGGAGGAAGGUUCAAAAAGCACUACGAACUAACUCUGUAAUUGCCGCGGACACAGGAUUCUAUCCAACUUGCGUGGCCGAAUGGUUCUAGCUUUAAUUUAUCUUGUACCUGUAUUGUAUUUUGUACAUUCUGUAACAGAUGAAAUAUAGAAGUAUAUUUUUGUAUCUUGGUGCAGUAUAUAUUUCAACGGAGGAACAAGGUGGGUAUUUCCACCAUUUUCAAUUAU